UAGCACUUCGAUUAUUGAUGCCUUUCUUUUUGAGCAAGAAGAGCUCGGAAGAAAAGGAUGACAAAGAAAAGAGAGUUUUAAAGAUCCAAUCAUAAUUAAUUUUAAACAGUUAAAUUUUUAUGGAGGAGGAAGAAGAAAACCCCAAACGCCACAAAUUCGUGAGGAAUUGCACUGCAGAUUGCGUGCAAUAAGUCCGUUCCUGCUUCUCAGUCUACAGGUUUGUAAAUUUUCGCUCCCCGGCCAGGUUUUGAGUAUUUUUUAGAAACUCUAGGUCUCGGGUUCAAAUCGCACAAAGUCGUGCCAUCGUUUUAAAAGCAGAGCGGCAUCCAUUAUUGUUUUUUUACGGAGGCGGCAUAAAUCUGGAGAGAUUUGGGGUGUUUGAAUUCUCCGUGCCGCCCAUCUGACUGUGCCGCAGGCGUAGUGGGAGAUUUAGGGUUUCGGUUGGUUUGGUUUAGUGAUUUUCUUCUUUUUUUUUGUGAAUAUUGCAGCCGGGCUGCGUCUCCAAAGCUUCUUUCUAUUGCUUUGUGAGAAUAUCUGAGGUUUUAUAGCUGUCUACUGUUAUUGCCUUAGGAUUAUUUUGUUGUGUAUAUCGAGGUCUUCCGUGCAAAAUUUUGAAGGCUUUUUGUAUUGGACGGGAUUAGACUUGGUAGAAGGUGCUAGAUCUCGGUUGAGGUUUUACAGAUUAUGCAAGGGUUAGUUUCUGAGGCUGAAGAGUUGUAGUCAGCUUAUACUUUAUUGACAUGGAUAACGUUCAUGAUACGGCACACGCUCAAUCGACUGAUUCUGCGGAGGAUUCAAAAGAUCUGGACACUUUUGAACAAACCCGCUCCGCUAUUGCAAGGUUUGAUGCAUCACAAUAUGCCUUUUUUGGGAAGGAGGUUACUCAGGAGGUUGAACUAGGAGGUUUGGAAGAAGAAGAUGAGACCAGCCAACUGGGUGUACUUGAUGAUGAUGGGUUGUCCUCAGUUUGUGACAGGGAUGAGGAGAAUGAACAGUCUGAGGUUCUAUCUGAAGCUGAUGAUAUGUCUGAGCUGUCAAGUUCCUUCACAAAGAUGAACAGGGUAUCUGGAGAAACAAGUCUCCAUGGAAGUUUAGGAGAUUCGGGACUUGAAAGCAGGAAAUAUACCUCAGCCCCAGAAUGGCUGCGGGAGACAGAGAUUUCCAACUGGUUGGAUCCACAGAUAUUGGAUGCAGAGAUUGACAAAGAAGGAAAUAAAUGGUGGCAGCCACAACCACCGUCCCCUGCACCAGAGCCUAAACCAUUGUACCGGCAUUCAUCAUAUCCUCCCCCAGCAUGGUCAGGAGAUCCAAGUUUUCCUCCAUCUUUCAAUUCAUAUCCUCCACCAAGGUCACAUGCUUUACAAAAUCAGCUGCGACACAGGUCAUCGCCAGGACAAGCAUCACAGGUCUCUUUGCCUGGCUCACCUCACAUCUCACAUUUUCCUGGACCCCAGCCUCAUUUGGGAGCAAUUUUGCCUAAUAUGAUGCCGUUUGGAGGAGGGGUAUCUCAAUUCAAUGCUUCAGCCCAUGUUAUUGGUGCACGACCUCCACAAGGUCUCUGGUUGAAUCAACCUAACAUGCGCCCAGGAGGUCCAACAGGGAUGAUACCUAACAUGAUGCAUCAGCAAAUGCCCCAGGCAUUGCUGCAGCAGCAGCAGCAGCAGCGGUUUCAGGCAAUGCAAGGUGUACCUCAUUUUCCACCCAUACAAACACAAGUGUUUAAUUCCCAUCCCUCUUCCCCUUCCAUGAUGCACAAAUUUGGUGAAACUCUCUUGGCUGGGGAUUUCAGGGAUCCACGCAGUAGCAAGUCCCAACAACGUGGAAGGCAAAAUCAGCGAAACUAUCAACAUAAUUCAGAGGCAAAUAGUCAAUCAAGCAGGAUUAACAGUGGCUGGCCACAGUUCAGAUCAAAAUAUAUGUCUGCAGAAGAAAUUGAAACCAUUGUACGAAUGCAACUUACCGCUACUCAUAGCAAUGAUCCAUAUGUAGAUGAUUAUUAUCAUCAGGCUGUGCAAGCUAAGAAAGCUGUAAAUUCUCGAGGGAAAAGUCAGUUUGCACCUUCUUAUCUACGGGAUUUACCUUCACGCACAAAAGCUGCUGCAGAGCCACAUGCAUUCCUUCAGGUAGAUGCACUUGGAAGAGUACCAUUUUCUUCUAUUCGUAGACCUCGUCCACUACUGGAAGUGGACACACCUUCCACACCCAAUGCAUCGGGUGAUAACAUAAGUGAACCAAAGUUGAGCGAGAGGCCCCUUGAACAGGAGCCAAUGCUGGCAGCCAGGAUUGUUAUAGAGGAUGGACUGUGCCUCCUCCUUGAUGUUGAUGAUAUUGAUAGACUUUUGCAAGUAUCUCCACCUCAAGAUGGUGGGGUCCAAUUAAAAAGAAGGCGACAGAUUUUAUUGGAAGGCUUAGCUGCAUCUUUGCAAUUAGUUGAUCCUCUUGGAUCAGAUAAAAGUGGUCAUUCAAUUGGGUUAGCACCAAAGGAUGACUUUGUCUUUUUACGUUUGGUUUCUCUUCCCAAGGGUAGGAAACUUUUGUCAAAAUACCUGCAGCUUCUGACACCUGGAAAUGAACUUGCACGAAUUGUUUCUAUGGCUGUUUUCCGUCAUUUGCGUUUCUUGUUUGGUGGCUUACCUGCAGACUCCAGUGCUUCUGCAACUACAACAUCUCUUGCUAGGACUGUUGCUGUGUGCGUUGACACCAUGGAUUUAAGUUCCCUUAGUGCUUGCUUAGCAGCAGUAGUUUGUUCUUCAGAGCAACCACCACUUCGUCCUCUUGGCAGUUCUGCUGGUGACGGUGCAUCUGUCAUUCUAAAGUCUGUUCUAGAAAGAGCUACUGAACUCUUGACAGAUCCCCGUGCUCCACAGUCUAGAUCAAAUAGAAAUCUUUGGCAGGCAUCUUUUGAUGCUUUUUUUGGUGUACUCACAAAGUAUUGUACAAAUAAAUAUGACAGUAUCACCCAGUCUCUGAUUUUGACAUCAGGAAACACAGCUGCAAUUAGUUCAGUUGCAGCUAUUGCCAUGAGCAAGGAGAUGCCUGUGGAACUUCUGAGGGCUAGUCUUCCUCACACCAAUGAGCAGCAACGCAAACUUCUUCUGGAUUUUGCUCAAAGAUCAGUGCCAAUAGGUGGCUUCAACUCUCAGAGUGGUGGUGGUGGGCAUGUGAGUACUGCAUCAGUCCCUGGUUGAUCAUGCGUGAACUUGUAAAAUUGUGUUGGUUCCCAAUAAAGAGGCUGCUUUGAGGUGUGUAUAUUGGUUGCUCUUCUAGCACAUUUUCAUGGGGAGAUGAUUUUGGGGUAUUUCACAACAACUUCACAUAAAGAAUUGAUUUGUGUUUAUGCUUCAGUAGAUGUAUAAUUUAGUUAUUGAUUGAACCAGCCUGAACAAUUACAUUCAACUUGUAGACCAAAUAUAUUCAGUGGAGAAGCUUGUCUGUUCAGAAUGUAUAUGCCAUGAAAAUCUUGCAUCUAUGGUUACUAGGGAGAAACUGAUAGCCACAUGGUUUCCUCUACCAUAUGUGGUUAUUGGCUAUGGUCACCAUUAGUUGGCAUCGGAGUCCUGGCAAUUUUUAAAAAAAUUCCUGGUCAGAGAAUUGCUGCUGUUGGAGCUGUGAACAAUAAAAUCUUGUCUUGCUUUACUAGAGUAUGGCUUUAUCCUAGGGCUCAAAAUUUUCUUUUUUUGUUCAGUAGCUGUUGAAUUUCAAUCAAUAUUUAUGGCUGGACUUUUUCUGGAGCCGGAUUUUUGGGUGCUCUGCAAUAAGUACAAGUUCAAAGGUUUAGGCAUAAGUCAAAUAGACAUACAUUUAGUUUUCAUCUUCUAGGCAUAUAUAUGUUGAUUGAAUAUUUUGAACUUUAAAUUGUAUGUUAAUUUAACAUUAUCGGAAACAGGCAGUUGUACUUUAGAAUCA